CAUAUUGAAACUUCAAAUAUAAAGUUUUGUAAACUCCAAAAUAAAAUCUUUUUGGAGAUUCUCUUACAUGUCGCUUGUUGAUUUUCCUUUUGUGGUCUGUCUCUCGUUGAUUAACCACAACAAAAAAAUCCUAAUUCAUUUAUUGUAUAAAAUUAUAUUUUAAUUGUAAAUGUACUCACUUAAAUCGUAAUCCAAAUAAGUAACUUUGCUAGCUAAUCUUAAACAAAUAACUAAAGAAAUUUAUAAAAUCAUCAAAUUAUCUUUAAAAUAUCUAAAAUUUAAUUCGCAAAUUAAAUAUAAUUAUUUUCAAUUGUUAAAUUACAUCUAAUAUUGGAGAGACUAAGAAAUUUGAAAUGAUAAAUGAAAAUAAUAUAUAUAUUAUGUUAAUUGCUGGACUGUUUGAAUUUAUUUCAUAUGAUCACCGGUUUUGGUUACUAUUAGUAUUAAUACAAAGGCAUUGGACAAAAUUUGUUUUAAAUAUCACCAGUGUAUUAAGUAUUAAUGUUUAAGCGUAGGAGUUAGUGCUCUCAGUUCGAACACUGAUGAAAAAGAAUGUUUUACGUCGCAUCAUUUGUAUUAGCAUGGUUUUGAGAUAAGGAAUGAUUAGUACUUAAUUCAAACUUUUCCUAGUUAAUUAAAAAUAUAAAAGAAUAAUUCAUUUUUUCUUUUUCUAUCAUAGGUUCAAUCUUAAAAAUUUUAAUGUAAAAAAUAAUCAAGAUAAAUAUAGCUGAACUUUUAUUUAGAAAAAAUUUUGAAUGUAGAAUAUAAAUCUUUUAGGAACGGAGUGAGUAGUUGAAUAAUUUAAGUGAGUGUAAAAUAUAGUUCUUUUAUUUCUGUAAUCACAUCGGACGAUUAUGGGUUAAUAAAGGAGAAACAUAUACUAGAUUAUAAUCGUCCGAUGUGAUUAAAUAAAAGAAACUGUAGAUUGAUCAGUUCAAAAAAAAAACUGUAGAUUGGAAAUUAUAAUACAAUUAGAGAAAUAAAAAUGGAUGGAACAUUAAUGUUUUACUCUAGCUUUUCACCAUCUGUGAUGAAAAGUUUGGAAACCAGCUCCACUUAAAAUAAGUUAUUAAAAGUGCUCUUCUAAUAGUUAUAUGGAGAUGGUGAAGAUAUUUGUUAUAUUCCUCAACUUCAUUGUUUCAUUUAAACUGUUUAUCAUUUAAUUAUAUAUAUUCUAUUGAUUUCUCUAGCUGUGCCCAUUUGCACCCCCAGUUUAAACUCAUAAAAAGAGCUGAGUUGAGUCACUCCAUGAAAUUAGUUUUCAUACAUUUCACUGUAAAUAUUUUUUUUUAAAUCUAGUAUAUUUUUCUCCUCUAUUAACCCAAAAUCUUCCGGUGUGAUGAAAACUCACAAGAGGAAUAGUUUACAAUAUAAAAGAACAAAAAUUAAGUCGGCAACCUCAUAAGAAAUUAGAGAAAAUAAUUUGUUUAAGAUUCUCGAGGAUGAAGAGUUCCAGACUUCCGUAGAGCCGGAACGUAGCAGACCAGCUAGCUGUAAGUGUUUGACCUUCUUAUUUAAUAACUGUUAGAACUAUAUAAAAACUCAUUUUUAUAAUUCAAAUUAUGUUCAUGUUCUCAUUAAAUCCAGUUUUCAACGGGAAGACAACUGUAGUCUUUGCCUUAACCAUUUUAUUUCGGCUGAGUUUGUGACAAUUUAAAAAUGCGUUGUAUGUCAAGGGGACAAAUAAACAAAGUUUUCAUUGCUUUAAGACUUGGUAUCAUAUACUAUAAUAACUACAUCUUACUUAACAAUGAUGAUAUACACAAGAAAGUAUGAUUAAUAUUUUUGUUAUGUUAAAAAACAAUGUUAGUGUUCUGAAAACUAAUAAUAUGUCAUUUAGGUGCUAGGCCACCACUCUUUUGCUUUAUUUUUGUAACGAAUGAACACAGCUAUUUAUUUUUGUUGUUCAGUUUAUGAAUUAAAAGACAGAUAAUAAUCUAGGUUUAGAUUUUAUGUGCAUAAAUACUCCAUUUUCGAAAUAUAAAUCUAUGCUAUUAUAAAAAUAUUCAUCAUUAAAUCAAUUUGAUUACAAAAUUCAUCCGCAGUAAAAGAGCAUUCAUUAUUUAUGUUUUAUGGUAAUAACUCCCAAGACAUCUACAGUUUUGGUUUUCCUCUAACAUUUUUGUAAUGUGAUCGUUUUAAUUAGGGUUGAAAAUCUAACCUAACACCUACAUGUUCUACGGUGGUGAUGGAUUCUUAUUUUCUCACGCAAGCAGUGGUGUAACUAUUUUCAAAAUUGUAAUGUUUAUUCCCCUAAAUUUAGCGAUAAAUAACCCACUAAAAUGGUCGAAUAAGAAUCUCACCAUUCGCAAUCCUCUUUAGGACCAAACAUCUUAAAAUGUAGAAAUAGUUAGAACAAAAAGACGUUAGUUGGUUUAAAUUAUUGCAAUGACGACAAAGAUUAAUUAGCAUCCAGAGUUUCUGACUAUUACACGAAAUAAAUACUAGAUUUAUAUGUAAGAGUUCAACCAAAAUAUAUAAGAAUUGUAUAGGGGAAAAAAUAUUAUAAACUUAUAGAGAAAAAUAUAUCUUCUAAUCAAUCAGCUACCUCUACACACAUAUAUAUAUAUAAACGCAAAUAAAAACCUAUUUGAAUCACUAAACAAAAGUUACGAAACUAAGUUGUAUCACAACAUAAAGAUGCAACAAAUAUAAAAACAUUCAUUACCAAACAUCAAUCAUAAUCAUUAUUUCAGGUAACUGAUGUCUGUGGAACUUCCGGUGUUUGACAUCUCAAAGCCUCUAAACGAGUCAUCGCUGACGUCGCUACAAGAUGCUUGUAAGGAGUGGGGUUUCUUCUACGUGACAAGCCAUGGCAUCUCCGGCGAUAUGUACCAGAAACUCCGACGAUUCUCCGGUGGAAUUUUCGGGCUCAGAGACGAGGAUAAGAUUAAGAUGGGAGCAUCUAAUUAUACUCCUCGUUUCAUUGCAUCUCCUUUCUUCGAGAGCCUCCGUGUCUCCGGUCCCGAUUUCUAUGCUUCGGCCAAGUCUUCCAUCGAUGCUUUUUCCGACCAACCUACCGAUGAGGAGUUCAGCGAGUUGAUGAAAGAAUAUGGAGAAAAGAUGACGGAACUAUGCGAGAAAAUAAUGAAAGCCAUACUCUCUAGCUUCGGAGAGGAUCUUCAUCACAAAUAUUACAAGUCUGAGUUUGGAAACUGCCACGGCUACUUCAGGAUCAACAACUACACAAUCCCUUUAGAACAAGAUCAUCAAGAAGACGAUGUUGACUUGUUAGAAGGGCUGGGAAUGCACACUGACAUGAGCUGCAUCACUAUCGUUGAUCAAGACGACAUUGGAGGUCUUCAAGUCAGAACCAGAGACGGGAUUGGUCUCAUGGAUAUUAACCCUAAAGACGAGGCUUUAGUCGUCAACGUCGGAGAUUUAUUACACGCUUGGACCAACGGACGGCUGAGAUCGUCCCAACACAGGGUUGUGUUGAAACGGCAUAGUUUCGUGGAAAACAGAUUCUCCCUCGCUUUCUUCUGGUGUUUUGAGGAUCAGAAAGUCGUGUUUGCCCCUGACGAAGUUGUUGGAGGUGGUGAACGUGGGAGGGUAUUUCGGUCAUUUAAAUGUGGGGAUUAUUUGAGGUUCAGGGAGAGUAAUGAGAAAGGGAAGUUCGAGAAGGUUGGGCACACGGUCGAAGACUUUGCACGAACUGAGGACCGUAAUUAAUUGUCUUUGUUUUGUUUAAUAUUAUUGAAAAUUAAUAAUUUGUUGUGUAAAAUAUACAAAACACACAGCAACGGGCCUUUUUAUCGCUUGGUAAUAUAUUUAGUUCUAUAAAUUCAAAACUCAAA